AUGAGACGGCAAAAGGCCAGAGAGUUCAAUGAUUUGGUCCAAGGUGAUAUGACGGUUGAACAGUAUGCAAGGAGAUUCAUGGAGCUUGGGCGGUUCGCUCCUCACCUUAUUGCCACCGAAGAGCUACGGGUCGAGCGCUUUCAGGAGGGUCUGCGCCAAGAUAUACGCAGACAAGUGGCGUGUCUUCAGAUUAUGGAAUUCCAGAAGCUGGUGGACUUGGCUAGUAUUGCAGAGCGGGAGAACAGUUUUGCAAUGGGCUCCCCUCCGUGCCAGAAAAGGCGUAGUUUUGCAGGUGAGGGAAGCAGUUCAGGAUCUCCCCAAAAGAUCAUUCAGAGAGCUGGGGCCCGAUCGCAGACAAUCUCCGGUGUUCGUGCAGGAGGUCGGACUCUAGUGUGCCCUAGAUGUAGUAGAGCCCAUGAGGGCAACUGCGGUCAAAGAGGAAUUCAAUGCUAUAAAUGUGGCCAGCCAGGUCACUUUGCUCGGGAGUGUCCUCGUCGAGUUCAAGGAGAACAAGGAGCGCGAGGAGGUCGACGAGGUGGAAGGGGCAGCCAGAGACAAGUGGUACAAGCUCGGGUCUAUGCCGUGACCCCAGGAGAUGUGGACUAUAAGGCCCCAGAGACCCACGAUGCAGGGGUGAUUACUAGUACAUUUUCGGGUUUAAAAUAUUUGGGACUUAUUGUUUGGUGUGAGUUGCUUGUUAAAUUUCAUUGGUGGUUGUUUGCUUCAGGUAGAGUUCGUAUAUAUGAUUUUCAUGCAUGUACCCUGUUUGAUUCUGGGGCGUCCCGAUCAUUUGUGUCCACUACGUUUGCACGGAUGUGCAACUUAGUCACAGAACCUUUACGACAAUCCUUGGUGGUGGCUCUUCCCAAUGGGGAGAUGGUGUGUUGCUCCAAAAUUGCGUUAGGCUGUCCUUUGGAUUUUGGAGAGAGGACACUGGAUGCGGAUUUGAUAGUAUUCAAGUUGCUUGGAUUCGACAUAAUUUUGGGUAUGGAUUGGUUGUAUCAGUAUUCUGCAAAUAUUGAUUGUAGAAGUCGGGUAAUCAGUUUUCAACUCUCAGAUGGGGAUUAUUUAGAAUUCGUGGGAAGCAAGUUGAAAGCAAGACUAGCAAUCAUAUCAGCAAUUCAAGCUAAGAAAGAUAUAGCUUGUGGAGCGGAUGCUUUUUGGGUUCAAGUUGUGGCUACGUCAUCUGAGAAAAAGUCUGUAGUAGAUAUCCCAGUUGUGGAUGAAUUUCCUGAUGUGUUCGUGGAGGAGUUACCUGGAUUGCCUCCCGUUCGCGACAUGGAAUUUGUUAUUGAUUUGGAACUUGGAGCGGCUCCUGUGCAUAAAGCUCCUUAUCGCAUGGCGCUGGCUAAAUUAAAAGAGUUGAAGACUCAGUUGCAAGAAUUGGUUGACAAGGGAUUUAUUCAGCCCAGUACUUCACCGUGGGGAGCGCCAGUUUUGUUUGUCAAGAAGAAAGAUGGUACCCUCAGAAUGUGUAUAGAUUAUCGGGAGCUUAACAAGGUGACAAUUAAGAACAAGUAUCCUCUACCAAGGAUUGAUGAUUUGUUUGACCAACUUCAGGGAGCGGCUAUCUUUUCGAAGAUUGACUUGAGGUCAGGGUACUAUCAACUGAGGAUAAGGGAUAAGGAUGUGCCUAAGACUGCUUUCAGAACGAGGUAUGGGCAUUUUGAAUUUAAGGUGAUGUCAUUUGGGCUAGCUAAUGCUCCUGCCGCUUUUAUGGAUUUAAUGAAUUGGGUGUUUCGACCAUUUUUGGAUUCUUUUGUGGUGGUAUUUCUCGAUGAAAUUCUGAUUUAUUCUCGAGACUUGGAGGAACAUGCUUGUUACCUUCGUCUAGCACUUGGGAAAUUAAGAGAGCAUCAGUUGUAUGCUAAGCUAAGCAAGUGUGAAUUCUGGUUAGAAGAAGUUAAGUUUCUUGGGCAUGUGAUUUCCCAAGAAGGGGUGGCUGUGGAUCCUAGUAAAGUGGAAGCUGUUUUGUCAUGGCCUCACCCUUCAACAGUUCGUGAGAUACGAAGUUUCUUGGGACUUGCCGGCUACUACCGAAAAUUUGUGGAAGGUUUUUCUCGGCUAUCAGGACCUCUCACUGCCUUGACAAGGAAGAAUGUUGAGUUUGUAUGGUCUGACAAAUGUGAGAGGAGUUUUCAAGAGUUGAAGAGAAGAUUGACAACGGCACCUGUUUUGGCACUUCCGGAACCCCACAAACCAUUUGUGAUUUUUAGUGAUGCAUCCAAAUUCGGCUUGGAUAAGGAUGGUAUUCUUCGGUUUCGGGACCGUAGAGUGAUUCCUCGAGAUUCUGAAUUUAAAGAGCGGAUUUUGGCAGAAGCUCAUGCGGCUCCUUAUUCAGUUCAACCAGGAAGCACAAAGAUGUAUAGAGAUUUAAAGAGAAAUUUCUGGUGGAAAGGAAUGAAGUUGGACAUCGCUUUGUUUAUUGAGAAAUGUGACACGUGCCUUCAAGUGAAGGCUGAGCAUCAGAGACCUGCCGGAGAUAGUGCGUUUGCAUGGGAUACCCAAGAGUAUUGUGUCGGAUCGGGACCCGCGAUUCACGUCCCGUUUCUGGAAGAGUUUGCAGGCAGCAUUGGGCACUAA